AUGGCCAGAGGCCAGUCUGCUGACCCAGGAUGGAGGACACAGCUCCCAUCAGGGUCCAACUGGGAGGAGACAUCUACAACAUGGGAGCACCAUCGGGACUCAGACUUCCAGUAACUUCCAAAUGUUCCCAUUCCAACAUUCCCAAUCCCAAGGGAGGGUGAGGAGGGUCUCUUUCAGGUCCUCCUUCCGUUCCAGACUGAGGCGUCUCCGCUACAGGUUGGACAGCGGGGAGAGGCGGACUCUGAGACUCCCGGUCUGGUCCAGGGUGUUCUCCCGGUUGACCUCCCCACCUUAUGACAGGUUCCCCAAGACAGAUGUGUCAGAGAGGCCACAGGGUUUCUUGGCACGGCUCUUCCCCUGUCUA